UAACACAAAGAAUUAUUCCAAAGUGUCACCGAUGCCAAAAAUCUCAUGGUUCACGCGGGUACAAUCUAUUUAAAUGAGACGGGUGAUGCUUAUCAAGCGGAGAGCGUGACGUGGCACACUGGUUUCGACAAUGUCAAACUUAAUCACGACGUCGGUCUCAUUCGAUUAAACAGAGAUAUCGUAUACACCAACGUGAUAAAACCCAUUCCGCUUGCACAGAAGGAUAUCGCUGUCGCAGGCCUUCCUUGCGUUGUAUCCGGUUGGGGCAGAACUUCGCUUAAUGGACCUACACCUAACACCUUACAAGAGAUCGCUCUGAAAGUUUACUCUCCCGAGAAAUGUAAGCUUUCGUCUUGGAGAGUAACUGACAAUCAUGUCUGCACUCUCACACAAGCUGGCGAGGGAGUGUGCUAUGGUGAUUCAGGUAGCGCUCUACUUGCCGAGGGCGUUCAGAUUGGAAUCGCAUCUUUUGUAGUUCCAUGUGCUGUAGGAGAACCCGACAAGUUUGUUAAGGUAUCCGCGUAUCAAGAUUGGAUCAAAGAACACAUGACUGACAAUUAAAUAAAAUUUAAUGUUUUCGUAUUGUUAUUAUAUAUGAUACAUUCUGUAUAAAUCUCAAAUAAAUUUUUGCAUGUAAUACGAAAUGUAUUACACGUUACAGGAUU